AUUGAUGAUGAUCUUGAAUCCUGUCCAGACCCAGAUACAAAAUUGGAUCUCUUACUAGAGAAGCUGAAUCUUGGUGCUAGAAAAAAGUUGCUUGUUUUGAGCCUCAGUGGAUUGCUCAGAGUUAAUGUUCGAGACGAGAACAAAAUUCCUAAGUCUCGAACCCCUGACUGGAAAUAUGCAAAUUCACUCAUAUAUAAGAGGCCAUUUAGUGGAGAAUUCAUGAAGUUCUGCUUGGAAAGAUUUGAAGUGGGGAUUUGGUCUUCUGCAAUGGAGCAUAAUGUAGAUGCUGCGUUAGACUUUACAUGUGGAAUAUCGAGAAGCCAACUCCUAUUUGUUUGGGAUCAAGAUGAAUGCACAGAUUCCGGGUUUAAAUCUUUGGAGAAAAAAUCUAAGCCUCUUUUCUUCAAAGAACUGAAUGAAGUCUGGAAAUGUAUCAAGAGAGGAGGCCCAUAUUCUGCUUCAAAUACUUUGCUGAUUGAUGAUAAACCAUACAAGGCCUUUCUCAAUCCUCCUAGUACUGCAAUAUUUCCUGAGCCAUAUAAGCCAGAGGAUAAAUCUGAUAAAGCCUUGGAUCCAAAAGGAAGGCUAUGCUCCUUCUUGAAAGGUCUUGCUGAUGCUGAAGAUGUUCAAGCUUAUGUGAAGGAUCAUCCAUUUGGCCAACCUGCAAUUACAUCCUCUCAUCCUGACUGGGUGUUUUACUCAAAAGUUCGAUCAAGUCUUGGCAAGAAGUGACAUUGCAGAGUGCAAGGAAAUAGUGCUAUGAGUGUUUUUAUUAUGUCUUGUCAGUUUGAAACUUUUAAUUAUGCAGCCAUUACUGUUAUGAUUUA